GCUGUUUUGAUCUUGCUGCUGCUUUCCAGCUGUUCCCAGACUUACUUUCUCCUGCGGUCAAGAUGAUCGACGUCACCAACGCUUUUUUUAGAACAACAUUUUUAAGAGUAGACUAAAACCCUCUCACGAUCUCGGGACAGAGCAAAGUCAAAUGCAAACAAUAAAUAAUUUGGAUGUUGAUAGUUUUUAUUUGACUGAGUCAGAGUACAGCUGUGAGUAACCGAGAGAAUACAGUCAAUUUACACAUAACAAUGCAAUCUUCAAAUCAUCAAGAUAGAUACUUACAGUUGGCGGGAAGAAUCCACUUAGCUCAGUUUAAAAUAACUAACAACAGGAUUGAUAUUGUGGAAUUAAGUCUAACGCUCAAGGAUAACUUGCCACCUGUUUAAUGCGGAUCUUUAUACAUGACUAUCUUGAGCUCACUAACAGAGUAAGAAAGGAAAUGGAAGAAGCGGAAACCUUGCUGAGCUUACAGAUGUUACAGGAAGCCAGGGAGGCAGUAAAGCAGAGCACUUUGCAAGUUAUUAAAACACCUAUGAUCCACCUGGCUAAUGGUGCAGUUCCAAUGAAAAUCAACUGUGACCUGUAUCUGAAGCUUGAAAACAUGCAGACAACAGGCUCAUUCAAGAUCAGAGGAGUAGCAAAUCAGUUUUCCAGAAGAGAAAAUGGGCACUUCAUUACAAUGUCAGCAGGAAAUUAUGGGAAAGCCUUUGCUUAUGCUUUGAAGCAUUUUGGGCAUCGAGGAAAAGUAUUAAUGCCAGACACAGCACCGGCGUCAAGGACCGACCUGAUUGCAAGUUAUGGUGUAGAAGUUGAGCGGAUGCCACCCAAGUCAUUGUUGUCUGCUGUGGAACAAUUUGUUGAGGAUAAGAAAAUGAGUUUCUUACACCCCUUUGAUGACAUAGAUUUGAUUGCUGGCCAUGGAAGCAUUGGUCUAGAAAUUCUUGAAGAAAUUCCAUAUCCUGAUGUUGUGGCAGUUCCUUGUGGAGGUGGUGGUUUGCUUGCAGGGGUGGCUGCUGCCAUCAAACUAUCUGGCUGUACAACUACACAUGUAUAUGGAGUGGAACCAAGAGGAGCUUGUACCAUGUACAGAAGUUUUAAUGAAAAUAAACCAGUGUUUAUGGAUGCAAACAGCAUUGCCUCAGGACUUGCUCCACCAUUUGCAGGUACAACAACAUUCCAGAUUUGCAGGCAACAAGUGAAAGAAAUCCUGUUGGUAUCAGAUGAUGAAAUAAAAGCGGCAGUUUCCAUGCUAUACAAGAUUGGCCUGGUUGUGGAACCCUCAGGAGCAGCUGCUUUUGCUGCUAUUGUUGGAGAAAAGAUCAAUCUUAAAGGAAAGACAGCAGUGGUCAUAAUAAGUGGAGGAAACAUCAGUCCUGAAGAGCUUCAGCAUAUUGUUCAUUAAAAAAUGAAAAAAAAUUGUCAUGCAGCUACACAGAACUAUAUAAUUAAUAAUAAAGAUUUAACAUUUAUGUAGAAAUGGACAUGACAAUCCUGAUACCUCAUUGAAACAUUAGAGUUUUAUUCUCUCAUAAGUGUUGUGGGAAAAUACAAGUACUGCACUAAUUUGCAAUUUGUUUUGUCCCCCUUUAAAUCUCAAAUGUAACUAAUCUUUUAUAACUUCAUCUUGUGUAUUGAAAUGUCCUAACAUACUUUUAUUUUAAUGCAGAAUUUCAGCACAAGCUAUUAACCCAAGUAUUACCUUUAUUAAAAUGGUGAAUUCUGCAAUUUUGCCUAAUCAUUUGAAAUUACAGAACGUGAGCAACAUUGUAUAGAAACUUAGUGGAUUUUGUACUCCGUGCUAAGGGAUCUAUUUUCUCCGAAUUGUGUUGCUAUCUGGCUGUCAAUACAGCUUUGAUUGUAACUAUUUUAAUAAGAUAAUACUUGCACAGCAAGGAGGAAGAGGCAACAGUAGUUCUGAAAAAUGUACUCAAUUUCAAAUUUUCUCUUUAUUUGUUUGAUUAGCUUUUCAGAUUGUAAAAUAAAAAAGUAAAUCUACCAAGAAAA